GGAGCGCUAGCUACCCCGAGCGGGAGGGAGCUUGCAGACUCCGGCUCAGAGCAGCUGUCUGGACACCUUGGGUUUUGGGGUGGGGAGCCCCGGCGACUGUGAACAUGGACUCCGCCGCGGGAGCCUGUCUCAGGAUGCUCUUUCUUUUGUCUGCCCAGCCCUGGAGUACAUUAGCAGCAGGGAAUACUUAUAGCGGUGACGCUCCUCUGGCGUCUGCCCUGGCCCGGGCUUCCUUCAGCAGCUCCUCAGAGCGGUCCAGCAGCCACGGCCCUGGCUUCGCAAGCCUUAAUCGCAGAGACGGAGCUGGUGGCUGGUCUCCCCUGGUGUCAAAUAAAUACCAGUGGCUGCAGAUUGACCUUGGAGAAAGAAUGGAGGUCACAGCUGUGGCCACCCAGGGAGGAUACGGGAGCUCCGACUGGGUGACCAGCUACCUCCUGAUGUUCAGCGAUGGCGGGAGGAACUGGAAGCAAUAUCGACGAGAGGAAAGCAUCUGGUUUUCAGGAUUUUGAUAUUCAAGGGUCCAGAAGAUGCAGUUUGGACUGGUUGACGAUCAAAACAUACAAGAAUAUUGAAAGCUACAGAGCCUGUGGUUCUACAAUCCCACCACCAUAUAUUUCUUCACAAGACCACGUCUGGAUCAGGUUCCAUUCCGAUGACAGUAUCUCUAGGAAGGGUUUCAGACUGGCAUACUUUUCAGGGAAAUCUGAGGAACCAAAGUGUGCUUGUGACCAGUUUCGUUGUGGUAAUGGAAAGUGUAUACCAGCAGCCUGGAAAUGCAAUAACAUGGAUGAAUGUGGAGAUAGUUCUGAUGAAGAGAUCUGUGCCAAAGAAGUGAAUCCUCCAACAUCGGCCGCUUCCCAACCCUGUGCUUACAACCAGUUCCAGUGUCUAUCUCGGUUUACCAAAGUUUACACUUGCCUCCCCGAAUCUUUAAAAUGUGAUGGGAACAUUGACUGCCUUGACCUUGGAGAUGAGAUAGACUGUGAUGUGCCAACUUGUGGUCAGUGGUUAAAAUAUUUUUAUGGUACUUUUAAUUCUCCCAAUUAUCCAGACUUUUAUCCUCCUGGAAGCAAUUGCACCUGGUUAAUAGACACUGGUGAUCAUCGCAAAGUCAUCUUACGCUUCACUGACUUUAAACUUGAUGGUACUGGUUAUGGUGAUUAUGUCAAAAUAUACGAUGGAUUAGAGGAGAAUCCACACCAGCUUUUGCGUGUGUUAACUGCUUUUGAUUCUCAUGCGCCUCUCACUGUCGUGUCUUCUUCUGGACAGAUAAGGGUACAUUUCUGUGCCGAUAAAGUCAACGCUGCCAGGGGAUUUAAUGCUACUUACCAAGUAGACGGCUUCUGUUUGCCAUGGGAAAUACCCUGCGGAGGGAACUGGGGGUGUUAUACGGCACAGCAGCGCUGUGAUGGGUAUUGGCAUUGCCCAAACGGAAGGGAUGAAAUCAAUUGUACCAUGUGCCAAAAGGAAGAGUUCCCAUGUUCCCGGAACGGCGUCUGUUACCCUCGUUCUGAUCGCUGCAACUACCAGAAUCAUUGCCCAAAUGGCUCCGAUGAAAAAAACUGCUUUUUUUGCCAGCCAGGAAAUUUUCAUUGUAAAAACAAUCGUUGUGUGUUUGAAAGCUGGGUGUGUGACUCUCAGGACGACUGUGGCGAUGGCAGCGACGAGGAGAAUUGCCCGGUAAUCGUGCCUACCCGAGUCAUAACUGCAGCCGUCAUAGGGAGCCUUAUCUGUGGCCUGUUACUGGUCAUUGCCUUGGGAUGUACUUGUAAGCUUUAUUCUCUGAGAAGGUUUGAACGAAGAUCAUUUGAAACACAGUUGUCCAGAGUGGAAGCAGAAUUGUUAAGAAGAGAAGCUCCUCCCUCUUAUGGACAAUUGAUUGCUCAGGGUUUAAUUCCACCAGUUGAAGAUUUUCCUGUUUGUCCACCUAAUCAGCCUUCUGUUUUGGAAAACCUGAGGCUAGCUGUACGGUCUCAGCUUGGAUUUACUUCAAUCAGACUUCCUAUGGCAGGCAGAUCCAGCAACAUCUGGAAUCGUAUUUUUAAUUUUGCAAGAUCACGCCAUUCAGGGUCAUUGGCUCUGGUCUCAGCAGAUGGGGAUGAGGUUGCCCCUAGUCAGAGUACCAACAGAGAACCUGAAAGAAAUCAUACUCACAGAAGUUUGUUUUCUGUGGAAUCUGACGACACAGACACAGAAAAUGAGAGAAGAGAUACGGUAGGAGCAUCUGGCGGGGUUGCAGCUCCUUUGCCUCAAAAAAUCCCUCCCACAACAGCGGUAGAAGCAACAGUGGGAGCAAGUGGAAGUUCCUCCACUCAGAAUACCCGAGGUGGUCACACAGAAACCGGACGGGAUGUGACAAGUGCGGAACCCCCAAGUGUGAGUCCGGCGCAUCACCAGCUCACGAGUGCGCUAAGUCGUAUGACUCAGGGGCUACGUUGGGUACGUUUUACAUUAGGGCGAUCAAGCUCCGUAAGUCAGAACCAGAGCCCUUUGAGACAACUUGAUAAUGGGGUAAAUGAAAGAGAAGAAGAUGAUGAUGUCGAAAUGCUGAUUCCAGUUUCUGAAGGAGCUUCAGACUUGGACGCGAAUGACUGUUCCAGACCUCUUCUUGAUCUUGCCUCCGAUCAAGGGCAAAGGUUCAGACAACCAUAUAGUGCAGCAGACCCUGGAGUAAGACCAAGUAAUCGCGAUGGCCCCUGUGAGCGCUGCGGUAUUGUCCACACUGCCCAGAUACCAGACUCUUGCUUAGAAGCAAUGCUGAAAAAUGAAACGAGUGAUGAUGAAGCUUUGUUACUUUGUUAGGUACAAGAAUCCCGUCAGGGAGAUUGGAUACAAGUUGGAGCAAUAUCCAUUCAUUGUUUUGGAACUUUACAAUUAAACUAGUUUUAAUUUAAAAAGAAAAAAGAUGCAGGGUGAUUUCUUACUAUCAUAUGUUAGCCUGCAUGGUUAAAUUAAACACCUGUAACUCUAUAAACUUUAGAGUUUACUAUUUUAGCAGCUAAAAAUGCAUUAUGUAUUCAGAUUGUUCAAUAAUGUUCUUCCAUUUGUUUCUAAUUGUUUUCAUCCUGGUACUGUAGUUCGCAGUAGAGAUAUGGCUGCAGAAACUCAUUUGACUGUCAGUUUCUAUCUAUCCUAUGUUAAAACAUUUCUUUGUUCAAAAUAAUACCUUCUUUUAAUUGAACCCUUUAUGCUUUUGCCAAUACAUCUUGUAACUUAAUAUACUAGAUGUUAAGGUUGUUAAUAUAAAAAGAGAAAAAGUCCUUAUUCUCACCUGUUUUUAUUUGUAUAACAUCUG